UAUGCUAUGAGGAAGGGAGCAGUAAUUAGUACUUCUGUCGAAGCUCUGGCUUCAUAAAUACAACCUUAGUGUUAGGUGACUUGUAACAAUUAUAAAUCUCUUUACAUAUAAAUAUAAAAAGGGGAUAGCUACCUCUUUCAUCAGAACCUAGUACUUGAAAUAAAUUUAAGGUGAACCAGAGUUCCGUUGACUGACCAUAAUUAAGGUCUAGCUACUUCGUAUUGAAGACGAGAGCUGCCUCUCUUGAACUAAACAACUUUGUUCCAUCAACAUAUGGUGGAGAUAAGAGUUCCAAACUUGGAUUGUGAAGGAUGUGCUAACAAGCUUAGAAAAGCCCUUUUCAAGCUCAAAGGAGUAGACGAUAUAGACAUUGAUAUGGAGACACAGAAAGUUACAGUUAGAGGCUACGGAUUAGAAGAGAAGAAGGUGCUAAAGGCAAUAAAGCGAGCAGGGAAAGCAGCAGAGCCAUGGCCAUAUCCAGUAGGGUACUCACAUUUUACUUCAUUUUAUCAGUACCCAAAUCACAUCAUCAGCCAUUACUACGACACAUCUCGAAAUGUUGCAGCCCCAAGUGUUCAUACUUUCUUUCACACUCCUGCAGUUUACUCAGUUGCCGUGGCUUCAGAUGAAGCUGUUGCUUCUCUUUUCAGUGAUGACAACCCACAUGCAUGCACUAUCAUGUGAAAGAUUAAUCUUCAUGCCUGUCGGAUUUAAUUUGGAGCUAGAUCUCCUUAUUUUUUGUAUUUUCCCUCUGUAACUUGUAUACUUAUUUCGAGAAGACCAGCACUAGUGCUUAUGAGCUUAUUGAUCUACUGUUCUUUAGCUUUA